AGUCUGACGACUGGUUUAGUGUCGGGUUGCGUCCCAUCGACGCCGCAUCACGUGCCGCACGCCUCACGCCGCACUUGCGCUUGCGCUCUUAACAUGGACUGUUUUUGUAAUCCUAACACAAUAUAAACGCGCUCUUCUACCGUCUAGUACAUACAUUACCUUCUCAUCGUAGAUAAUAGGACAACUUGUGACCUGUGAUAUAGAGAAUUUUCCAAUUUCCCUAUGAAAAUGAACAUGCAAACGGAAUGGAGCUCAUGAUUUCAGUGUGUUUAUGCAUCUGCACAGUAUUUACAGUGAUACAUAGUGAUAGUGAACUACAUUGUGAUAAGCAUCUGAUAAGGACAUUUGAGAUACGUGCAAUAUGAGCUGGCCGUCAACCGACUCAUCAAGUUGAGGCCUACAAACGAUGCCCACGCUGAGCCCGACUGUAUUUUAGUUUGGGUUCAUCAUACACCAGCUGACUUUAGGAAAUGUUGAUAGGGGAGUGGACUUAUAGUGCGUGUGUAUAAAAGCGAUGCAUGGUGUGUGAGGUCGGAGCGGCCAUGGACAUGAGUGGAGAGGGCGCGGGGUCGGGGGCGAGCGCGCUGCAGCAGCGGUGGUACGAGGGCCGCGUCAACGGCAGCCCGGCCGCCGGCGACGUCAACGCCGACGCCAAUGGCGACGGCUUCUUCCAUUCCCCGCUGGAAGGCGGCCACCACAGCCGCGCGCGCUACUACCAUCAACAGAUGCACGCCCCCUACUCCGCCGCUGUCGGCUCGCAUGGUCGCACGCUGAGCGGCGGCAGCGGGCAGGUGUGUCGGCCGCACUUCCACACGCCGCUGCACCCCUGGCUGGAGUCCAAGGCGCUGAGCGGCGGCGCGUGGGGCAGCGGCUUCCAGCAGGAUGCCGCACAGGCGGACAAGCCCUUGUCUCCCGCGCAGCACCACCACCCGCAUCCCUUAUUUUCGUUUCCCCCGACGCCGCCGAAGGAUUCGACGCCGGAUUCCGUGGCUGCGGCGGCGCUCGGCCAGCAGGACUACCAGGCGGCCGUCGCGCACGCCACCGCCAUGAGCGUCGCCUUCAUGCAGCAGCAGCAGGAGCUACCGCUGUGCGGCGACGUCAAGCCCAUGAUGGGCGCGCCGCCGUCGAAGCAGCGCGAAGGUGCGCAGCCGGACUCGUGCCCCCAGGAGUCGAGCCAGCCCUCCGGGGAAUACAACGCGCAGUACAACGCCGCCGGCGGCGACUACUACAACUACCAGGGCAAGGGGUAUAGUGGGCAGCAGCAGAGCAAGCCGCGACCGAACAAGACGCGAACUAGCGCCGAGGGUCGGGAGUGCGUGAACUGCGGCGCCACCAGCACCCCUCUCUGGCGACGCGACGGCACCGGCCACUACCUCUGCAACGCGUGCGGCCUCUACUACAAGAUGAACGGACAGAACAGACCCCUGAUCAAGCCCAAGCGAAGAUUGGUGAGUUCGUUACAAAGUGCAGCGAGACGGGCGGGUACUUCGUGCGCCAACUGCAAGACGACGACCACAACGUUAUGGCGACGCAACCAGAACGGAGAGCCUGUGUGCAAUGCCUGUGGGUUGUACUACAAACUACAUAAUGUAAAUCGACCGCUUACAAUGAAGAAGGAAGGUAUCCAGACAAGAAACCGCAAGCUGAGUAGUAAGAGUAAGAAGAAGAAGGGUGGCAUGGGCAUGGGAGGAGGCGGGGCUUGUGCCCUGGCCCUCGGAGGAGUAAUGGGAGACAUGAUCAAGCCUCUAGGAGACGGCACCAAGGGUUUCGGCGGGUCCGCCUUCCCGUCCGCUAUGGACUUUGGUCAACACCAAGUGGGUCUGGUGCACCCAGCGGCGGCUCACAUGUCGCAUUGGUACGGGGCGCCGCACCAGGGCUUCGCCCCUCCACCUGCCUCCCACAACCCCUACCAUCAUCAUCACCUCGCGCAGCUCAAUUCUAUGACUGGCUGGAGGAGUGAGUAUACGUGAUAAGUCAACCAAACACAGGAGAAGCAGUAAAAACAUUGUCUUUCGUAAACAAGAGUCGAGUCCUCGUGACCGACACAAUGACCUUACAAAGAAAUCAGAGGCGACAAAACAGCUGUGAUUUCGUAAUCAUGAGUAAUCACUCAUAGGUAUUAAACUCGACACAUCACAUUAAUAAAUAAGACUGUUGAACAGAAUUGAUGUUUACAUCUACAAACUAGGCUGAGGUCACAGAGCGAGCGGGGAGCGACGGCGAACUGUGAUUGACGAGGCUUUUAGAUGCAAUAAAAGAACAGAGAUUGAACAGAACUUGAGGCUUGUGUUGUGUCUUACUGCAAUACCGUCGCAUGCUCUCCGCUAACAGUAUGACCUCGCCUCACAGUUUGAAAUGAACUGAACAUAUCCUGAUUUUGAACACAAAAACUAUGUCCCAGUUUAUCGUUCCCCAAUGAAAGACUUUGAUAUACCACGAUCAGUUUCCUACAAGUAUUAAAUUAAGAGUGUUUUACAUGAAGUAACUAGCGAAAUUGUACAGUAUUAUAAUAUUAGAUAAGGUCGGUUACGAAGUCUUAAUUGUAUAAGUAUAGUUCAAAAAAAGAUGAAAUAAUUUUGUGUAUUUGUACAUAUCUCUAUAAGUUAUAUUCCGUUCCUGUGUACAUUGUUUUUUUUUUAUAUUUAAUUCGAACGUUUCGUUUCGCUAUAGGAAUUGUGAUGUGUUCAGAAAAUAAAGCGAAGACGUUUUUUUUGUACAUUUUAUUAUUUGCGUAGAUGUUAUAUGAAUGAAAUGCAAUAGUAAUUUAUGUAAUAGUUAUACAUGCAAUUUGUAAAUAAAUAGCAGUUUUGAAUAGUGACAUUUCGCAGAACUGAUUUUGUUAGCGCAUUAACUUAACCAUGAUUUCUUUAAAUGAAUUAUUCAAGUGGUCACUAAAUCGAAUUAGCUAUUGAAUAUUUAUGUAUAAAAUAAAAUUUGUUUGUCACAAGGUGUAUUAUAACGUUUUGUAUCACAUACCGUUGUAAAAUUAAGAAUAUUGAGUGGCCAUAAAUUUAAAAUGACGGGGUUCUGUCUGUGGUUGUAACAUACAUACAGCGUGAACAAAAGAAAGUUAUUCUGCGCAAGGUGGAACAUACACAGUGUUUCAAUAAUUCCAUGCACCUUGUAUAAGCAUGGUGUGCUGGCUCAUUAUUAUUUUAAUCCAUGGGUUAUUACGCUCCAAUCAAAUCCACCUUCAUUCGCCGACUCCUGAGCUUUGAACAUAAUUACACGUUCCAGCCACAAACGAACCCCGACCCCCAAAAUAUGUAAAUAUGAAAUGUAAAUGAAAAAUGUAGAAAAUAAAUGAAAUCAUUAUAAGACUAUCAAAUAAAAAGAUGUAAAUUAGAGAUCACUGCAAAACAGCCUAUAACGAUAUCCCGUACCUAAAGUUUUUAGUUUUUAAAACAAAACAUUGUGAAGUUGUGUAUUUUAAAUGAAAUUGUGAAUAAAUUAUCAAUAUUGAUAUUAAAA